AGAAUUUGGAGAAAGAAAAUGAAUAUUUCAUCAUGAUACAGAUCAAAAGUGAACGCCACUUUGUUUCUAAAUGUGAAAAUUAUCGCCAGACACCAUGUUCAAAAAGGACAGAAUAUCAAUAAUAAAAUAAAAUAAAUAAUAAUGAUAAUAAUAAAUAAUAAUAAUUAUUAAAAAAAAAAUCUAUAAAAAAAAUCACCUUAUGUCCGGCGUUCGAGUUUGACUGCAUGUCCGUAUCCCUUUGCCGAGUUCGACGUUUAUAGCCGAUGUUGUCCUUUGGAGUGUUGUGAAUAUUCUGUCCAAUGAAAGCAGCUGUUGUAUUCGGCGCUUCCCGGGGUAUCGGUCGCCAAAUCGCCUUGACGCUCUCAGAGAAUGGCUACAGUGUAGGGGUGGCGGCCAAGACAACUCAGACUUCUGACAAACUUCCUGGAAGUGUCCAUUCAGUUGCUAAGGAGAUAGAGGGCAGAGGCGGAACUGGUCUUCCAAUCAAAUGCAACGUUCGUUCAGCAGAGGAAAUCCGCUCCGCUAUCAGUGGCUGUGUGGCGAGGUUUGGGCGCCUUGACCUUGCCGUGUACAACCCCGGAGUGAUCAAUUGGGAAAAGGUCGCAGACACGCCCUUGAAACAGUUCGACCUCAUGUAUGACGUCAACGUCAGGGGCGCUUACAUCAUGAUUCAGGAAAUACUUCAGUAUUUCCUGAAGCAAAAGUCUGGAAAGAUUUUGUUGGUUUCUCCGCCCAUUUACAGCAGAUUUUUCAAAGGGAAAGCCCCGUACUCCGUAAGUAAAGUUGGAGCCACUGUUUUAAUGCACGGACUAGCUAGUGAGCUUGAUGGAACAGGCGUUUCAAUUUCAUCAUUAUGGCCAGCAACGGGAAUACAAAGUCACGUGACGGAAGUGUACGGUGUCGACAGGAAGUUGUUGAGAUUGCCAACAAUAUUUGCUGAUGCGUGUCUGAAAAUCGCUGAAGAAAAGACUCAGAAGUUAAACGGGAAGGCUCUCAUCGACGAGGACUACCUGCGUAGUACAGGAGUUACUGACUUCACCCAGUAUCGAUGUCACCCCGAACACGAACACCCCAGGAUGAUGCCACGAGCUUUCCCAUCUCUUGAAGUAACAGAACAAGACGCGCCGCCCGUUUUCUCAAAACUUUAAACUGAAGUCAUUAUAUUGGGUUUUUUUUGUACAUGUUUAACAGGCAAAACAGAUAUAUUUCUGUCUAAACCCUUUUCAACGCCCCUCCCCCACCCACGUUGUGUGUGUGUGUGUGUGUGUUUGUGUUUUGUGUUUUGUGUGUGUGUGUGUGUAUACGUGUAUGUGUGUGUCUGUGCUUUGUGUGUGUGUGUGUGUGUGUGUAUGUGUGUGUGUGUGUGUUUGCGUUCGUGCGUGUGUGUGUGUGUUCUGAUGUGUUCGACUCCCGCAGAGGUUCAGACAGGCCCAAGCUAUUCUACUGUAAGUGGUAAAACUAGACAAAAUUCAGUUUUGUGUACAUUAAUUGUGAGUUCCUCUAGGCUCACGUCUGAUUGAGUAUGCUUGUGAAAGAAAGAAAGAACCAGAGGCAGAGAGAGAAACACACACAUAGAGAGAGAGAGAGAGAGAGAGAGAGAGAGAGAGAGAGAGAGAGAGAG